AUGCGAGCGGCUGAGUCUCGGAGGGUAACUGAUGCCCCGUCACAGUACUCGAACGAGGAGGCUAUGUUGAUCGAGAGCCUCAGGAAGCAGGUGCAAUUACUUUCCUUAGAGAACUCACUAUUGUUGAAGAAGGCGGAGGUCACCGUAGCUCCUCGGGUAGAGCCUGAGCAAAGCCAUCAGGCAGCGCAGUCAGUUGGAGUGUGUCGAGAGGCAGCAACUGAGGGCUUGGAGGCUUCGAAACGAGAGAUAAGUGAACUAAAGAAAGUUCUGGCUGAGGAACGAACAGGAAUGGCAGAGUUGAGGAAGAAACUUGACAAGCAGAGAAUUGAAAGUGAGAAAUCGGUGGCAGAGCUAAAUUUAGAUGCCCAAAGCAGAAUAGAGAAGUUGGCUAAGGAAUUAGAGUGCACCAAAAAGCAACUGAAGAUGGCAGAUGAGGAAGCGGACACUAUCUGGGCUGAGAGGGUCCAUUCUGAGAGGCGCCUCAGGGAUAUCAUAGAGCAGGGAGACGGUGAAUUGCACAAGUGA